GGGGGGGGGGGAGCCCCGACGCGGCGGCCACGUGGACUUUGUGUCUUUCCCGAGCAGCGGCGCCACGUGACUCGCGCAUCAGCUGAUCCAACAUGGCGGGAGGCGGGGCUGCUGCGCGCUGCGGGUGAGUCCCGGCUCCGACGGGAGAGGGAAUGGUGAGGCGCUGCCGUCUCCAGAAUGGAUCCCCUCCUGGCGCAGGUGGAGAAAGACUUGGGCAUCGCCCGCAGUCAGCUGCUGCUCAGGGGCUCCCACGUUGUCGCUCUCGUGCCCCUAAAAUGGCUGGCGAGCCUAAAGGAGCAGGGGGUGCUGCCUAUUCUGUGCCCGCAGCCUGAAGGCCUCAGUGAGCUGGAGAUCCACGCCUUUCUCCAGCACUCGGUUCAGAAGCUGCCCACUGGCUGGACCCGAGUGGAAAUCCACGGACUGCAGAAACUUUGGCUGCGCUACCAGUUGACUGCAAGUGCCAACACGCAGAAAGAUCCCGCAGGGGCCCCAGAGACCCUUCACGAGUUCAUGCGCAGCGUGGCUUCCCAGAACUGUAGGAAUCUAUGGAACCAAGCCCACCGCUCAUACGUCCAGCGCUACUACCCAGCCGCAGCCCCAGCCUCUGUCCAGGCCCUGGAGGGGCUCCGGGCAGCCCUGCAGAAGCUCUACUGCUGCCCACUGGUCCGUGUGAGAAGGACGCCCUCUGGUUCAUCUCCUGCUAAAGAGGAGGACGCCCCAAGCCAUGUGCCCCCACACUUCUCCAGCGUCCUGCAGGCGGAGGCCCUGGUGGAGUCCUCAGAGAUGCUCUUCCUGGUCUUCCCGUACGUCUGGUACUCCCUGCGUGACCUCAUCACCUUCAGCCCCGCCAAGCUGACGAACAGCCACGCCAAACUGCUCUUCAUCCUCUUCCAGGUGUUGCUGGCCAUGCAGGCCUGCCACGAGGCAGGCCUGGCAUGUGGCACCUUCUCGUUGGAGGACGUGGCUGUGGACGAGAAGCUGUGUGCCCAGCUCAGGGUCCCACUUCAAGGGUACGAGCAGCUGGGCAGGGAGGAGGCUGGGCAGGGAGGAGCCGUGGCAGUAGCCUCCAGCACUCCAGACCAGGCAUCAGCAGAGGGCCAGGGGACCAGGGAUCCCGCUGCUGCAGAAGGGGCAGGAUCCCUGCCAGAUCUUGGGGAUCGGGUGCUGGACUGGGUGCAUGGCCGCCUCAGCAACUUUGACUACCUCAUGCACCUGAACCGAUUGGCGGGGCGGCGCCCGAGGGACCCCAACUAUCAUCCUGUGCUCCCUUGGGUGAUGGACUUCACCACCCGAGGAGGCCAAUUUCGGGACUUGCGGAAGUCCAAGUUCCGCCUGAACAAGGGGGACAAGCAGCUGGACUUCACCUAUGAGAUGACCAAGCAGGCCUUUGUGGUGGGGGGAAGCAGCCUGAGUGGGGAGCAGCCCCAUGUGCCUCAUCACAUCUCGGACGUCCUCUCUGACAUCACCUAUUACGUGUACACGGCCCGGCGGACACCCAAGGCGGUGCUGUGCGCCCACGUCCGGUCCCAGUGGGAGCCCAAUGAAUACCCGGCCAACCUGGAGCGCAUGCAGGCUUGGACCCCUGACGAGUGCAUCCCUGAGUUCUACUCGGACCCCACCAUCUUCAAGUCCAUCCACCCUGAUAUGCCAGAUCUGGAGGUGCCGCCCUGGUACGGCUCCUGCGAAGAGUUUGUUGCUGCCCACCGGGCCCUGCUAGAGAGCCCGGAAGUCUCUAGGGACCUGCACCACUGGAUCGACCUUACCUUUGGCUACAAGCUGCUGGGUAAGGAGGCAGUCAAGGAGAAGAACGUCUGCCUGCAUCUGGUAGACAACCACACCCACCUCACCAGCUACGGAGUCGUGCAGCUCUUCGAUCAACCCCACCCCCGGCGGCUGGUGGGUGCCACCCUUCUGCCUGCGGAAGCCCCUCUCUUCACCCGACCCCUCAUCCCCCCAGUCCAGGAGACACGAGUGGUGGAGACCCCCAAGUGGAGCCAGGCGGCCGCUGGGCUGAUCAUCGAUGCAGCCACCUGCGAAAGCCAGUUUGGGCUGAACCUGGGAGAGGAGGUGGAGCAGGGAGCAGAGGCCCUGGAAUCUGCCCCGGCGCCCAGCAGAGGCUUGGAGCCGCCCGGUCCUCCUGCCCAGGGUCCUGGCUUCCCUGUGGACAGCAGGCCUCUUGGCUGGAGGACCAAGGCCCCUGCCACUCUCUUCCAGGGUGAAGGGGCGGAGGAGAAGCUGGUCCUCCCAGAGGGCCACAAGCUGCUUCAGGCCUUGGAGGAGCUGGAGAAGCUGGAUGCUUUCCUGUUGAAGGCUGUGCACGGGGCAGUGGGCCGGCUGGAGCAUCCCCCCUUGCGGUUCCCGGUGGCGCUCUCGGACCUUUUUCAGAGGGACAUGCAGGUGCUGGGCGUGCUAGUGGGCGAGAUCCUCUUUGCCCCCAAGCUGCGCACCUCCAAGCCGAUGGCGCCUCUUCAGGAGCGCUUCCAGGCUGUCCGGAGGCUUUGCUGGCUUCACCCCAAGGAGGUCCCCCCUCCACUCCAGCAUCUGCUGGAGGUGCUGCUGCGGCUGAAGGUUCCUGACCCCCAGCUUCUCGGAGAGGAGCAGGACAGCAGGGGCCCCCAGCUCUUCGCCUACAAGCCCAUCUGGCAGGGCCUGCCUCCGCCAUGCCCCUCGCAGCUACUAAGCCCCUACAGCGGGGUCCUGCCCUUCCCGCCGUACUUCCCUGCCCUGCACAGGUUCAUCCUGACCUACCUCUCCCAGGAGGCCGGGGAUGAGGGGCAGGGCCGGGAGCUGGUCUUCCAGCUGUGGCAGCAGCUGGAUGGGGUGCUGAGUGGCAUCACUCCUGAAGGCCUGGAGAUCCUGCUGCCCUUCGUCCUGGGCCUGCUGUCCGAACAGAGGACAGCUGUCCACGCCGCCUGGUACCUCUUUGAGCCCAUCGCCAGAGCCCUGGGCCCCAAGAAUACCAACAAGUAUCUGCUCAAGCUCCUAAUCGGCGCCUAUGAGAGCCCCCGGGGCCUCCACGGCCGCUUCUACCUCUACACGGACUGCUUCGUGGCCCAGCUGAUGGCCCGGCUGGGGCUGCAGCCCUUCCUCACCCACCUGCUGCCUCACAUCCUGCAGGUGCUGGGGGGUGCAGAGGGCUCCUUCCAGGAGAACAAGGCUUUGCUGCUGAGCACAGCGGAGGAGGACGGUGAGGAGAGCGGCAGGAGCAGCCCGGCAUCUCGGUCCUUUGGGGAGGAGGCCAAGGGGGACGCUGGCCUGGAGCUGAUGAACUACAUGUCCGGCAUCAGCUUGCAUGACCAGGCCUACCUGCCGGAGAGCGAGGAGCUUCCGAAUGGCCUCUACCUAGCCGAGGCCCUGAGCCUGGGCCAGCUGAGCGACAAGGGUGGUGCAAACGACGGGCUGCUGGGGGAGGAGCCACAGGAUAAAGCCUCCGGCCUCCAGUGCCUGGACAGCAGCCAGGACCUGAAGCACAGUGAGGAGGAGGAGGAGGUGGAGGAGGAGGAGGAAGAAGAGGAGGAUGGGGAAGAAGGCCGCAAGGAGGCUGCUUUGGCCACAGAAGAGCCGGUCCUCUCAGGGGCUGCGGGCCACUCUGCGGAGCCCACUCUGGCUGAGGAAGAUGGGCAGACAGAGGCUGGGGAAAGCCAGCAAGAUCUGCUAGACCAGGAUGUGGACAAAGAGCAGAGUAUCCUGCUAGACACAGCCUGCAAGAUGGUGCGGUGGCUGUCAGCCAAGCUGGGCCCCACCACCGCCUGCCGGUACGUCGCCAGGAACCUCCUCCGGCUGCUGGCCUCCUGCUAUCUGGGUGCAAGCAGGCAGCAGUUCGUAGCUGGGGCCGAAGAGAGUGGCCCUCCAAGCCCUGGGAACCUGGAGCAGAGGCAGCCCGUGGCAGGCGACAUGGUCUCGGAGCCGGUGCUCACCUGCCUGGCCCACAUAGCACACCUCUACGGGGAGCCGGUCCUCACCUACCUCUACCUGCCCUACAUCAGCUACCUGGUUGCUCCUGGCAGUGGGACGGCAGCUAGCCGCCUGAACAGCCGCAAGGAAGCUGGGCUCUUGGCAGCUGUGGCGCUCGGCCAGAAGAUCGUCGUCUACCUGUCAGACAGCACCCUGAUGGACAUCCUGCCCAGGAUCAGCCAGGAGGUCCUGCUUCCACUUCUGGGCUUCCUCACCUCGCCCACCCUCAGUUUCCCCAGUGGGGUCCAGGGCCGUGUCGUCUUGUGCCUCAAAACCAUCCGCCUGAUGGUGCUGGUUUGUUUACGGAUCGGACCCGAGAUGGCUCAGCAGCAUCUGCGUGACACCCUCCGGGACUUCUUCGGGAGCUUCUCCUCGCUGCCCUUGGAGUCCGGACAGCCGCCGUCUCCGGACCCCUCAGCUCUUCUGGAACUCCAGAAAGUUUUCAGCCCAGAAAUGGCCUAUGUUGCCUUUGUGCCCUUCUCUUGUCUGCUAGGUGACGCCUUCCACGUGAUCGUGCCCAACCACGCCUUGGUCAGGCAGCUGGCCAGCCUUUACCUGGAGCAGGCCAGUCCCUCAUCUGAAAGGCAGGCAACCACUGGGCCAGGCCAGGCCCCCUCGGAGCAGGAAGUGCUGGGAGCCGAGCCCUCCUCCACCCUGCCCGAGGACCCACGAUCGGGCACCUUCGGGGGCGUGCUGGUGGGCAACCGCAUCCAGGUGCCCUCUGAAGCCCAGCAGGAGCUCUUGAGCGGGGCCAGGGGCGGCCUCUGCCCCAAGCUGGGAGGCCAGGAGGGGGAGACGCUGAAGCAGGAGCUGCGGCCCAGCGCCCGCCUCCUCCUGGGCAACUGGCUGGCUUACUGGCAGUACGAGAUCGGGGUCGGGCAACACGACGCCCCCUUCCACUUCCAUCAGAUCAAGCUGCAGAGUUUUGGGGGCCACGGGGGCGCCGUCAAGUGCCUGGCCCCCUUGAGCGGAGAGGACUUCUUCCUGAGCGGCAGCAAGGACAAGACUGUGCGCCUCUGGUCCCUCUACAACCGGGGGGACGGCACCCACGAGACUGAGCCCCGGCUGAUCUACGACCGGCACAAGAAGUCCGUCUUCUAUGUCGGCCUGCUGGAGGCCCCGCAGCAUGUGGUCAGCUGUGACGGCACCAUCCACAUCUGGGACACCCCCACUGGCAAAGGGGUGCGUAGCUUUGAAGCGCUGGACUCCAAGGCCCCCAUCACGGCCCUCUGCCCUAUGCCGCCCCCUUAUGGCAGCAUCAGCAUCGCCAGCGCAGACUCGGUGCUUCGCUUCAUCGACCACCGGAAGCCAGGCUGGCAGCAGGAAUUCCGGCUGGCCAGCGGACCCAACGCCGGACUCAUCCGCUGCCUGGCUGUCAGUCCUAGCGGGCGCAGCGUGGCAGCCGGCUUCUCCUCUGGCUUCAUGGUCCUUCUGGACACCCGAACGGGCCUGAUCCAGAAGGCUUGGUCAGCCCACGAGGGAGACAUCCUGCAGGUCAAGGCCACAGAGGGCAACAUGCUGAUCAGCUCCUCCUCUGACCACUCACUGACCAUCUGGAAAGACCUGGAGCCGAAGCCCCUGCAGAUGUACAAAUUGGCCUCGGAGCCCAUCCACACCUUUGACCUCUACGGCAAUGAGGUGGUGGCCGGCACAGUGGCCAACAAAAUCAGCGUCUACGCCUUCCAGGGUCCCUCAGCCCCCAGCACCACCAAGCUGAGCUCCGAGAACUUCCGAGGGACCCUCACCAGCUUGGCCCUCCUUCCCACCAAAUGCCACCUGCUGCUGGGUUCGGACAAUGGCACUGUCCGGCUGCUGGCAUAGCCCUUGCUUCUGAAGCAGACAGGGACAGUUGUGGCUGGCCAACAGCCCUGGGGGGGCAAGAACGGAAGGUUGGGGACGACCCUCCCCCCAUAAUCCUGCUGCAGGGCAGCCCGAGAAACACCAAGUGUUCCCCAUCACCGUAUGUGCCUGAUGCUUCCUGUGGACUGGCAGAGAUGCCCACAGAUGCCUGGGUGGGUGGGUGGGUGUGGGUCUGGGUGUGUGUCGCGCCCUUAUCCCCUAACCUGGAGGCUAGCAGGAGGCAGGGAAUAGCAGCAGAUCCUAUGGCCCUAUGGGGGUGGGGCAGGAAUGUCACGCUGUGCUGCUCUCUCCCCUCAUUCACCCUUUGGGGAAGGGGCUUCUGGGCAGGAAGGUGUGAUUGCCCCCUCCAACUCUUCCCGUUGUUGGCCAAGAAUUGGAAGCCCCCCCUCCCACUCCUUGCUUGGCCACAAAGCUCUUUCUUUUCCAAGGAGCCCCCGCCACAUCACCCAACCUUCCUCCCCAAAAACUCCUUGGCUGGACACUGUCUGAACUUUUCGGUCUGUGGGGAUAUCAGUUCCACCCGGAAGGUGUGCUAGAAAUGCAUUUAGUUCUCUCCCCACGACACACACCCACACCCACCCACACACACACCCCUUGAAGUCGAGCACUUUCCCUCUGUUCCCUGGAACUGGGGGGGGAAAGGGGGGGUGUUCUCAGUGUUGAUUGAACAAUUUGCAAUAAAUAAACAUCCUGAGAA